AUGUCGAAGCGAAAGUUCCGUGAUGAUGACGAUAUUGAGGGCGACAAACAGACAAAAUCUUCGCGUAAUAAGGAACAAGUUGAUCGAGUUAAGCCUUUGGUGCAGGAGCAGCAUGGAUGCUUCUCAAUUCCUGGACUGCGGUUUGCGACUGAGUCAUGGGCUGGCAUGAAAACAAGCAAUGAGGAUCGUCAAGUUUCUUCCGCGGAGCUCUUUCCUGGACUAGUGUUUGGAGUUUUUGAUGGUCACGGUGGAACCUUUUCAGCAGACUUCCUAUCGCGACAUCUUGUCAAAUCUGUCGCCUCUGUGAUACGGCAAAGCAUCGGACGAAAAGCGUUCGCUGACUUGGAACGCUCCCAUGAGCAAUCGAAUCAAGAGAAAGCUCGCAGAAAUGCUAUCAUUGAGCAAGUAAAACUACUGCGUCACCAACUUAGAGAGCUGGAAACUCUGAAAGAUCCAGAUUCCGAGAGUUCAGUUGAUGAAAUACAAGCUCUGGUCGAUCAACUCGCAGAUACUAUCGCGCAAUUAGACAGCGAAGUAUUACAAAUUAACGCUGAGCAAGCAGUACGCCUGGAAGAGCGACGAAAAUGGUGCAAGGAACAGCACAGUCACUUCUUGAAAUCCUUCAAAGAGGCCUUCGAACGAAUGGAUUCCCAGAUCUUGCAGAAGAAUCCGUCGCAAGAUGGUUCUACGGCUCUACUGGUUUGGUUCUUAGCGGACACAGCUGGCUUUAGCGAUGAAGAGGACAGUGAAGGAUUGACCUUUUACACGGUAAAUGUAGGUGACUGCCGUGCUGUUAUGUGUCGUGGAGGCCGAGGUGUAGCGCUGACAAGUGACCACAAACCGGAUCGUCCCGAUGAACAGCAGAGAAUUGAAAGAGCUGGUGGCUUUGUGGGAAAGAUUGCAGGUUUAUCCCGCGUGUAUUCCGCAGCUGGUGCUGGUUUGGCCAUGGAACGUGAGAAGACGACGUAUUUGGCGGUCUCGCGAGCAUUUGGCGACCGAUCUCUGAAGACUCCGACACCGCUGGUUUCGUGUGAGCCAGAGGUGAAGCGAGUAAUUGUAGAACAUGACGAUUUGUUUCUUGUCCUAGCCUCUGAUGGCGUCUGGGACGUCUUGAGCGAGCAAGACGCGGUGGACAUUGUUUUACCACACUUCCACAAUGCCAAGGCCGCGGCUGAUGCGAUCGUCAAGGCAGCGUACAAAAAAGGCAGUAUUGACAACCUCACAGCUACAGUCGUUCAGUUCGGCUGGAAGUCCGAUGCCCAGCUACAACAAGCCCUUGAAAGCAGCAACACGAGCAGAAAUGAAGCAGAAGCAGAGGAAGAGGAGAUCGACAUGUUCAACCUUUAA